AUGGCUUCAGGCUCUCAGAGAGUCUCUCUCAACUUUCUCCAGGGUGUGGAAUCUGUCUUCUUCAUCCUUCAGAUCAUCUCUGUCCAGGCUGAUGGGAAAGUGUUUGCACUCGAGUCCAAGAACAACUCUCAGAGUCUGGAUUUAGCUGAAGCUGAGAAAGCUUGUGUUGACCUGAGUGCUCGCUUAGCAACUGCUGAAGAACUGAAGAGGGCUAUUCUGGACUGUUCUUUUGCUGGCUGCACCACAGGAUGGCUCGCUGGUGGCUCCACUGGGACAAUUAUAUGCAGAAAGACGGGCAGCAAACAGCAGAGCGGGAAAGCCAUUGAUGUUAGAAUUGAAACCGGUCCCUUUGUGAAUGACCAAUAUGAUGCUUUUUGUGUAAAGGAUGAAGACAAGCCCUGUGGGGACCCCCCAUCCUUCCCCAACACCAUCCUACAUGGCCACACCGGCUUUGAAAUGGGGGACGAGCUGCUGUACAUCUGUGCCCAGGGCUACGUCAUGGGCAACAAGGAGACGGCGUUCACGCUGCUGUGCGACAGCUGCGGGGAGUGGUACGGGCAGGUUCAGGCCUGUGUCAAAGAUGAAACCGAGGCACACAUUGACUAUGAAGAUAACUUCCCUGACGACAGAUCGAUACCGAUGGUUGAGAACGAGCGCGUCAAUGGCAAAGAGGAAACUGAGCAGGAGCAAGAACAGCUUUCCAUCAGCAAAAGUUCAGAGGAAGGAAGAAUUGGAGGUAGCAAAGGUGUUACUCAGGACAUGGACACCUCUGAAAAAGGAAGCAGGGCACCAACUGAGUCCCCUGUGUCACUCCUAAGCCAAAAAAACCUGUUUUGGUUUCCAUCAGAGGCUUUCAGUGAGCCUGAAUCGGAGAAAGACACAGACGAUUACACCAAAGCACAGUUUGCUGAAGGUGACAACUACAUCGGAACCAAGACAGCCUACAAUGAACCUGGUGCCAAAAUGUUUUAUGACAGUGAGGAUUUCCCCAUCGGGCCCAUUCUCACAACUAACGAUACAAAGGCAGAGAUAGACGCGGUUGCCAUCACUGACGAGUCGUGGUUAGACGGCUACCCGGUCACACAAGAAGUGGUGGAGGAUGAUGAAGAGGAAGGGGAUAAAGUUGAUGGCUCCAUGGGAACAGAGGAUGACCUCAUCCUCACGACUGACCAACCGAAUCACGUGGAAGUGAGAAAACCAGGCAACGGUAGCCCAGCUCCAGAGGAAGGUUUAACCCAGGUCGUGGCAGCGACGACGAGGAUGGAAGAUGAAGGGGCCAAAGAGACGCUGGCACCACUCCCAUCGGUGAGUGAUCUGGAGAACUUCAGCACAAGCAAGGGUUAUGAUGACGCUGCUUGGGACCACCCAACUACAUCUCUGGAAACGAUGACCCAGGAGCCUGGUACAACGAUAGCGUUUGACGCAACCAGCUUAAAAACAUCCACGUCAGAAAGCUCUGUGCUGGUCAGCCCUUCUGAUCACACUCCCUAUGCUGAACCAAAAGAAACCACCGCCUCCCCAGAACAAGCAGCAACCACUGCCCCAGCUCCAGAGAUCAUCACUGACACGUCAUCCCAGGAAUUAACUGAGCAAGAAAAUCUCACCCAGGGCCUUGGAGAAAAGCCCGUCCCCACUCCUGAGCCGUGUGAGGGAGAGGGCUGUCCCAAGGCCAGCAAAGGUGCCAUCAUAGCAGUAAUUGUGAUUCUCCUCUGCUUGUUACUGGUUGCAGCUGUGCUGGCUGUGUGGUUCUUCAAAAAACGCCAGCAGAAAAAUUCUGUCUAUAAACUCAACGGGAGGUGUCAGCCUAGGCACCAUUGCUACCACCACUACCACCACCAGCACAUCGAGAUGCAGAAGGUCUAA